CUUUGCCGUAAUCGUAGACAACGUUCGAUUAGUAAAAUGCAUAAUGUAAAUGAAAUUUUUAAGAGAAAACUAAAUUUCUUUUCGUAAUUUAUUUCAGUGCUCGGGAAAAUGAACAAAGACAUUAGUGAGAAAGCAGUGUUAAAGCGAAGUAUCAGAAAAAAUCCUUUUAAUCUUUCAUCCAUAGCUGGGAAAGAGUCUUAUGAACUAACAUUAGCAUCUGAAAUAAUAUACACAGAGAAGAGAUCAAGACCCACUAAGUAUGAUCCUCUAUAUCCAGAAGUUGAGGAGGUACUUGGUACCAGCCAUGCACCUCGGCCUUGCACCCUCGUAUGGAGGGAUCUCAGUGUACAUAUCAAACAAAAAGAUGGACGACUGAAGAGACUCGUGAAUAAUGUGAGCGGUAUCGCCAAGCCUGGCACCUUAGUAGCUUUAAUGGGACCAAGUGGUGCUGGUAAAACAACUCUAAUGUCUACAUUAGCACAUAGAAGUCCAGUGGACAUUGUGGUAGAAGGCGAUAUUGCAAUGAACGGUAUGCCAGUGGGCGAGUUCAUGCACCAGGAGAGCGGAUAUCUACACCAAGAUGAUUUAUUCGUCGAUAACUUGACAGUCAUCGAACAUCUAACAAUAAUGGCCCGGUUGCGUAUGGAUCGCCGCAUUUCUUCGGUAAUGAGAAAAAGAAGAGUCAACCAGCUUCUGAGACAAUUAUCCCUUUACGGUACUAGAUUUACAAGAAUAGGAGGACUGGAUGGACGCAAAACUCUAUCAGGUGGUGAGAGGAAGCGAUUAGCAUUCGCUACCGAGCUUUUGACUGAUCCUGGACUACUCUUUUGUGAUGAGCCUACCACGGGAUUGGAUUCGUCAUCAGCUCAAAAACUAAUGUCCCUACUUAGAGCCAGUGCCGCGCAGGGCAAAACAAUCAUUUGCACCAUACACCAGCCAUCAUCGGAACUAAUGGCUCUGUUUGACAAAUUAGUGUUGCUAGCUGAGGGAAGAGUGGCGUUUGCUGGUGACUUUUCUGGAGCUCUACAUUUCUUUGAAAGUCUUGGUUACCACUGCCCGAUAACGUACAAUCCUACUGACUACUUCAUAAAGGUGCUAGCCUUGACUCCCGGUUCUGAGGCGGCAUCUCGUCAAGCCAUCAAGAGUAUUUGCGAUCAAUUUGCAGUUAGCGAUGCAGCUAAAGAAUUGGAUAUGGAAAUACAUCUUGAAUUUCAUCUUAUGGACCAAGAUAAUGAGGACCCGAUUUCAAGUUCAUGGGAUACAUUCAAGCCACCUUUCUUUUUCAUCAAAAUCAUGUGGUUAGUGUACCGAUACUCGCUGAUUAUCAUCAGAGAUCCACGCGUCCAGUCGAUACGUAUAUUGCAAAAAUUGGCUAUAGCCUUAACAGCUGGAUUAUGCUUCAUCGGCACAGCUCACCUUACUCAAUCCGGUAUCCAGGAUGUCCAAGGAGCACUAUUUAUCAUAAUAGCCGAGAAUACGUUCAGUCCAAUGUACUCAGUACUGCACAUGUUUCCAGAAGAGUUUCCAUUGUUCAACAGGGAACUGAAGGCGGGACUGUACUCUACGCCUAUGUACUAUAUAGCAAGAAUGAUUGCUUUGUUUCCUGGACUAGUGGUAGAGCCGACUUUGUUCACGUUGGUGGUCUACUUUAUAGCUGGCUUACGGAAUACCUUGUAUGCAUUCAGCUUCACCGUCUUCCUGGCCAUAUUAGUGCUCAACGUUGCUAUUGCUUGUGGUUCAUUUUUCUCGUGCGCCUUUGGUUCGAUGCCAGUAGCAAUCGCAUAUCUUGUUCCCUUCGACUAUGCUCUCAUGAUGACAUCUGGACUCUUUGUUAGACUGAGUUCAAUACCUAAAUACGUGUCCUGGAUUCGCCACUUAUCAUGGUUGAUGUACUCCAACGAAGCUAUGAGCAUAAUACAAUGGGAUGGUGUUAGAAAUAUUACGUGUGCUGGUAAUACGGACGGUGCACCCUGCCUCAGUACCGGGGACGAUGUUCUGGACCGUUACGAUUUCUCCUCGGAACAUCUGUGGCACGAUGUCAUCGCGCUCGUCGUGCUAUACCUGGUCUUCCAUCUAUUGGCUGUGGUGGCACUACGCCAUAGAACUCGGAAAAAAUAAUAAAUACUAUACACAUGCUAAUGUUUA